UCUUCACGUGUUUAACAUAAACAAACUUAAAACAAAUAUAAAGAUAUUAUUUUUAAAAUGGUAAAGAAAAAGAUUGAUAAUCGCAUACGUAUAAUGAUAGAAAAUGGGGUAAAGUCCGGACACCGAACUUUAUUUGUCAUAGUCGGAGACAAAGGGAAGAAUCAAGUUCCUAUAUUAUACGAUAUGCUAUCGAAAAGUGUAGUAAAACAAAGACCUACUGUUUUAUGGUGUUACAAAAAUAAGGAUGACACUAUUUCUAGUCACGGUAAAAAACGCAUAAAGAAAAUUCAAUCAGGAAAAGUAGCAUUAAAUGAAGCUGAUUUUUUUGAUGCUUUUCGUGUUUCGACAACUAUUCAUGGAAGAUAUUACAAAGACAGCCAUACAAUUUUGGGGAAAACUUAUGGCGUUUGUGUACUGCAAGAUUUUGAAGCUAUCACGCCAAAUAUUUUGGCUAGAACCAUAGAGACUGUAGAAGGAGGAGGACUUGUCAUUUUACUUUUAAAAACAGUUUCUUCACUUACUUCGUUAUUUUCUAUUAACAUGGAUAUUCAUAAUAAAUUCAAAACUGAAACUCAUCAAGAUGUUAAAUGUCGCUUUAAUGAAAGAUUAAUCUUAUCGCUGGCAAAUUGCAAAAGAUGUUUAGUAGUAGAUGAUCAACUAUCCAUUCUUCCUAUUAGCUCGAAGACAGCUAAUAUUGAGAGUGAAAAUGUAUCCAAUGUAUCAACAUUAUCAUUUUCUAAAGACCUAAAGAUCCUUAAAGAAACCUUGAAAGAUACUCCACCAGCUGGGCAAUUAGUUCAGUUGUGUAAAACAUAUGAUCAAGCUAAAGCAUUAUCACAAUUUAUUGAUACUUUAACAACUAAAACAUUGAGACCUCCUACGUCAUUAACCGCAGCUAGAGGUCGUGGAAAGUCUGCUGCAAUGGGAUUAAGUCUCGCAGCUGCAAUUGCUUUUGGAUAUGGAAACAUAUUUGUUACCUCGCCAUCACCUGAUAAUUUGGUUACAUUAUUUGAAUUUGUUUUAAAAGGAUUAGAUGUCCUAGAAUAUCAGGAACAUAUUGAUUACACAAUCACAAGAUCAAUCAAUCCAGAUUUUAAUAAAGCAAUUGUUAAAAUAAACCUUACAAGAAAAAAUCGUCAAACUAUUCAGUAUAUUUCUCCAACAGACAGCCAUUUAUUAAAUAAUGCUGACUUGCUGAUUAUAGAUGAAGCAGCUGCAAUUCCUUUACCGUUGGUAAAAUCUAUGCUAGGACCAUAUAUUGUAUUCUUGGCUUCUACAAUAAAUGGGUAUGAAGGUACAGGAAGGUCACUAAGUCUUAAAUUGAUUUCACAACUACAGAAAGAAAAUAAUGCCCCAGAACCAAUCAAACUAUACGAGUCAAUUAGAUAUGCCUCUUUGGAUCCUGUAGAAAGUUGGUUAACUUCAAUAUUAUGUCUAGAUGAUACAAUACCCGCUUUAUUAAAUUCCGGAUGCCCAGUUCCAGAUGCUUGUGAAUUAUAUUAUAUUGAUAGAGAUGCUCUAUUUUCUUAUCAUAAAGCUGCUGAAGCAUUUCUACAUAAAUUUAUAUCUAUUUGCGUUUCGUCUCAUUACAAAAAUAGUCCAAAUGAUCUACAAUUGAUGUGCGAUGCUCCUGCACAUCAUCUAUUCUGUUUGUUAGGUCCGGUAACUAAAAUGGAUGCGCUUCCUGAAAUUUUGGUUGUUAUUCAAGUAUGCAUGGAAGGUCAAUUUUCAACAAAAAAGCUAGAAGAUUCAAUGAGUGUUGCUAAAAGAAAUAAUGCUGGUGAUUUGAUACCAUGGAAUGUUACAGAACAGUAUGGAGAUAAGAACUUUGCACGUUUAUCUGGUGUAAGAGUUGUGCGAAUUGCUACACACCCUAACUAUCAAAGAAUGGGCUAUGGAAAAAGAGCCGUGAAAAUACUAAAGGAUUAUUAUAAAGGAAAAUUUACUAGUUUGGAAGACAAUGAAAUGACCUUACAACCAGAAAAUCUAGUGGAAGAAAAAAGUUCGGAAAAUAAUCUUUUAUGUGAAAGUGUACAACCGAGAAAAAGCAUACCAACACUACUAAAAAGAUUAACUGAGCGUAAAGCUGAAAAAAUUGAUUACAUCGGAACCUGUUUCGGUUUGACGCCAGAUUUAUUAAGAUUCUGGAAGUCUUUAAAUUUUGUACCCGUGUACUUAAGUCAAAAAUCUAAUGAUUUAACAGGAGAACAUUCUUGUAUUUUAAUAUGUUCCAUGAAGAAGGAAAAUUACAACAUAAAUGAAAGGGAAAAUUGGCUUGCUGCAUAUUUUAAGGAUUUCAAGCGUCGUUUAGUAAGAUUACUAGGAAAAACAUUCUCUAAUUUUACAACUGGGCUUGCAUUGUCACUUUUGGAACAUCGUUCAGUAACUUUAUUAAACGAAUCUUUGUCGACGGCAAUUAUAGAUCAAACAUUUUUACCACACGAUAUUCAACGCUUAGAAUCAUAUUGCUACAAUCAAGCAGAAUACCGACUUAUACUUGACUUAACAAUGGAUUUGGCGAGACUUGUUUUUGACUCGAACUUGAUAAAUGACAAAGUCGAUACAUUACAAAGAGCUAUUUUACUUGGUAUUGGCCUACAGAAUAAAACAAUAGAUCAGUUGUCUAUUGAAUUCAAUAUGCCUGGUAAUCAAGUGCUCGCUAAAUUUUACGACUGCAUCAAGAAACUUACAAAUUAUCUUGUAAAAAUUUUGGAGUCUAAUCUUGAAAAAUCCAUCACAAAAGCCUCUAAAUUAGAAGAACCUUCUUUGUCAAUAUCUUUACAUGAUGAACUUAAAGGUGCAGCAGAAGUGUUGAAAAGGAAACAAAAAAAAGAAUUGUUUAAAUUGAAAAACGAAGAAUCAAAUCAAUACUUUAUCAAAGGAAAUGAAGAUGAUUGGAAAAAGGCCCUCGUAAAUGUAAAAUCAAAUAUAGUUUCUGUUAAAAUAGGCGAAAAGCGGAUUGCAGAAAAUUUGGAUAAAGAGUUAAAUAAAAAAACACGUAAAAAGAUGAAGCAUCAGAGUUUGCAAGAAACUUCUUAACAUUUUAUUAUAUAUUUGAAUAAAAGAUGAACACCUCGAUAACAUUCUAUUCUAUUUUAUGUUUUUAUAUAUGAAUAUUUUAGACAAUUUUUUCUUGAAAUAUUAAGCAAUUUAUGAAUAAAUAAUUUUCUGAUAAUAA